AAACUCAAAAUGAAAUCGAAUAAAGAUUAUUAUAUGGAUCCAAACUUUCUACCUCAGAAAGUUACCAUGGCCCGGUUACGAGAAAUCCUGGAUACGCAUGAUAUAAGUUACACUGGCAAAGAAAAGAAAGCGGGUCUUAUAAAAAUAUUUAACACGCAAAUUCAACCACUCAUACCAUCUUUACGAGAAAAAGAAAUGAAAAAUCAGUCAUUGAGUGAAAGUAUAGCUACGUCGUCCGGGAUAUCUUCACAG